AUGUGCGAUGAUGGAGUUGAGGUGGCUUCGCCAGCAUCUUCGGACAGGAAAUGGGUGAGGACGGAUGAAGGGCUGUGGAGUCCCCAUCCACGCAAGCCAGACCACCUGCGCCUCGGUGGCGACAAGGCGCUACGGGAAUCAUUCGAUUCGGAUGAGGUGCCACGCCGCCAGAUGUCCACCUUUUCGCGCCAGACGACGUUCUCGCGCCAGCAGUCGACUUUGUCCAACCCAUUCUCCGAGAUGGAUUUGGACUUCCAGGAGGUGGUGCGCCAGCUCAGUGAAGCACAGGAAGCCGCGGCAGAGGCGCAACGUCAAGCCGCAGAGGCUGAGGCGAAGCACGCUCGGGCGGAAGCAGCUUUGGCCAAGGAGGCUGAGGCGGCGGCCAAGCGGAAGGAGAAGGCGGCGGCGAUUUUGGAGGAGGCGCGGCAGAAGCGCCUGAGCCAACAGAAGGCGCGAGGACGCGAGGCUGAGAAGGGGGAGAAGGGCGAGAAGGCCGACAGCAAACCUCGCAAGGCUGAGGCCGCGGCUGAGGCAGACAAGAAGCCGCCGCCAUCAUCGGCAAAGCUGCUGUCCGUUCCAUCAACAAAGGUGAUCACCCGUCAAGGACAUCGGGGAGGACCUUCGAUGAGUCCGAAGGGCAUCAAGACAUCCUUCAAGACCAAGCGGGAGUCCUCCAGGAGCUGCACACGCAAGAACCAGGAAGCAGAGGCUGCAGCCUUGCGAGCGGCCGCCGAGAAGCGCAAGAAAGACUUGGCAGCCGUCCUCCAGAAGGCAUCUGAAGAGGCUGUGGAGCGCGAGAGGAUUCACGGCGGGGUGCUGACGUCGCACCGCAGCCUAGAGGCGCGGCUCGAGGAGUCCGAAGCCGCGCGAGCCCAACUCGCGCAGGAGGUGGAGAGGCUCACCUUCCAGUGGGAAGAUCUGCGCUCCCGGCAGACGGUCGCGGUUUGUGGGCCGGCCAAAUCCAUGCCCGACAACUGGCGCUCUGAGUCUGAGAUUUCGGACUCGUCCCCUCUCCUGAAAAAGCGGGUGCGCCGAACGACAGGCGCCAUCUUCGUCUUCCUGAUGGCUGUGGCGGGUUCCGCGCUUCACCUGACACGCCUUGGUGCCCAGCCGCCGCAGCCUCCAUGCGCCCGCGGCCUCCGGCGAUGA